AGAGAGCGAAAAAAAAAGGUAAGAAGGAAAAGCACGGUUUCACGUAGAGCGUCUUUCGUGAGCGUCUGUAUCUUCAUGUCGAGUUCUCCUUGAUUUUGGUCGCACGUUUCUUUCCCUGCACACCUUCUUUGGGUUUGUUUGUUUGUUUUUCGCUUCGUUGAUUGAUCUCUCCUCUCUCUCUCUUUUCCUCCGCCCCAGAAAGACUGCCGCGCUUGAUACUCCAGAGAACAGCACUGCGACUGCGAAACUAUACGACGUGUUUUUUUUUUCAUUUUGUCACCCCUCCGUUUUUAGAUCUCCUUCGGAUUCUUUUCUUCUCCCUUCUCACGCCUUUCCUUCUAUACCCUCGUACCCCGAUAUAUUUAUUUAUAUACGCCACUUUUCCUUGUAUGAUUAUUAUUUGCCCUCACAUCCUUUUCUCACGCACCUUUCUAGAUCAUUUUUUUUUCUUAGUUUGUUGUCCCCGGUGUCCUUCCUUCUGAUCACUGCUGCUCUUUGUUUUUGUUGUUGUUAAAUCUUUCAGAGCCCCGCAGUACCUUUCUCUCUCCUUGAGUUAUCUUCGUAGAUAUACAUAUAUUUAUUGUUGUGGGUGUUAGUUUUUAAGGUCUUUCGACUGCUUUGGUUUCGAGCAUCGCCUGUAGCUCGUUCUUUUACCUCCUUAGAGCUGUUUUAUUAUUAUUGUUAUCAUUUGUUUUUCACUCCGUCGUCUCCGUCACCUCAGCCGCCUCUCCUCCCAAGAGUGGCAACGAGCCCCGACUUCAUUCCGCCGUUUUCCUGAGAGUGCAGCGCGAUACGUAGUAAAGAGGUUUUUCCCCUUUCUCUUCUUCAAAAAAAAAAAAUAAUAAUAAUAAGAUAGCCGUUUCAAAGUAGUACCCUUCCUUCCCUAUUCGCAUUGCUCUUCACAAUGGCCUCUCUACACAGCCGUCUCGCCCCUGUCACGAACAUCAACAACAGUGCCUACACCAUUACCGCAGGGGCGCCGAUUCUGCGUAAGCCCGACAUGGCCUUAUCCAAGUCUUCCUACAACAACACGGCCACCACGGCUACCACGGCCACCAGCGGCACCUCGCAAGCCGUGCUGGCGAGUCGGGAAAGCCGUGGGGAGGAAACAAAUGAGCGCCGCUCGGGCAGCAAGCGGGACCACGAGACGUCCGUGACGACAGACCAAAACCCUCAAGAGGCGUCGAAGUCGGCCCCGCCGCGCCGUCGACAGAAAAUCACGUACACGCUGCCUCACCAGAACAUGGAGGAGGGCCACUUCUACGUCGUGCUCGGCGAGGACAUCGACGUGUCCACGCAGCGCUUCAAGAUCCUGUCGCUGCUGGGCGAGGGCACCUUCGGCAAGGUCGUCGAGUCGUGGGACCGCAAGCGCAAGGAGUACUGCGCCGUUAAGAUCGUGCGCAACGUCCCCAAGUACACCCGCGACGCCAAGAUCGAGAUCCAGUUCAUGGAGAAGGUGCGCCAGGCGGACCCGGCGGACCGCUUCCCGCUCAUGAAGAUCCAGCGCUACUUCCAGAACGACAGCGGCCACAUGUGCAUCGUCAUGCCCAAGUACGGCCCCUGCCUGCUGGACUGGAUCAUGAAGCACGGCCCCUUCAGCCACCGCCACCUCGCGCAGAUCGUGUUCCAGACCGGCGUCGCGCUCGACUACUUCCACAGCGAACUCCACCUCAUGCACACGGACCUCAAGCCGGAAAACGUUUUGAUGGAAACCACUGACACUGCGGUCGACCCGGUGACGAACCGGCAGGUGCCGCCGGACCCGUGCCGUGUGCGUAUCUGCGACCUCGGUGGCUGCUGCGAUGAGCGCCACAGCCGCACCGCCAUCGUCUCCACGCGCCACUACCGCAGCCCCGAGGUCAUCCUCGGCCUCGGCUGGAUGUACUCGACGGACAUGUGGUCCAUGGGCUGCAUCAUCUACGAGCUCUACACCGGCAAGCUGCUGUACGACACGCACGACAACCUCGAGCACGUGCACCUGAUGGAGAAGACGCUGGGCCGCCUGCCGAGUGAGUGGGCCGGCCGCUGCGGCACGGAGGAGGCGCGGCUGCUGUACAACUCGGCGGGCCAGCUGCGGCCCUGCACGGACCCCAAGCACCUCGCCCGCAUCGCGCGUGCGCGUCCGGUGCGGGACACGGUGCGCGACGACCUGCUGUGCGACCUGAUCUACGGCCUGCUGCACUACGACCGCCAGAAGCGGCUGACCGCGCGCCAGAUGGCGACGCACCCCUACGUGCUGAAGUACUACCCCGAGGCGCGCCAGUCGCCCAGCCACCCCGACAACCGCCCCACGCUGCGUCCCCCGCCGAUUAUGUGA